GUUUCUCCACCACUGGCGUUGAGCGCCUGCUUGCUGCUGUCUUUUUUCGCGUCCCCCCUCCCUCGUCCUCAGUGAACGGCGAACUCCUCCGUAGUAGCCCGCAGUGGCGACACGCUAACUCGGCUUUUAUUAUUAUUUUUUUUCUUUACGCCCCCCCCCUCCCCCACUACCGGGGACGUAGCCGAUUUGGCACCCCCACCCCGAAAAAAAAAAUAUACACCAGCGGUCGGAAUUUGAAAUAUGACGCUGAGUAAAAUGGGAGGAAAGUCGUCGCUAGCUUGUUGAAGUUGGGAGAAUAUCCUUGUGGAAGAGGCGGCGGCGGCGGUGGACACCACGAGUUCACUCUCGGAAUAUCGAAAGGAGUGAGCCGAGCCUUCCAACAGACCUCCGCUGUUUCUUUGGGCUAAAAUGAGUAUUACCAGUGACGAAGUGAACUUCUUGGUCUACAGAUACCUCCAAGAAUCAGGUUUCUCUCACUCCGCGUUCACCUUUGGCAUCGAGAGCCACAUCAGCCAGUCCAACAUCAAUGGUACACUAGUGCCCCCUGCAGCCCUCAUCUCCAUCCUGCAGAAAGGGCUCCAGUAUGUGGAGGCAGAGAUUAGCAUCAAUGAGGACGGAACGGUCUUCGACGGCCGGCCGAUCGAGUCGCUGUCGCUCAUCGACGCCGUGAUGCCCGACGUGGUGCAGACGCGGCAGCAGGCUUUUCGUGACAAGCUGGCCCAGCAGCAGGCCGCUUGCCCCAUGACGGCGUCCACUUCUGGAAACCAGUCCAACGCGCCAAAGAAUGGGGACGCCACCGUCAACGGGGAGGAGAACGGCACCCACAACAUGAAUAACCAUUGUGAGUCAAUGGAGAUGGAUGUGGACGUGGAGAUACCCGCCAGCAAAGCCACAGUGCUGCGAGGUCACGAGUCGGAAGUGUUCAUCUGUGCCUGGAACCCUGUCAGUGAUCUGCUGGCCUCGGGUUCGGGGGACUCCACCGCCAGAAUCUGGAACCUGAACGAGAACAACAACUCCAACUCCACCCAACUGGUACUGCGGCAUUGUAUCCGAGAAGGGGGGCAGGAUGUCCCCAGCAACAAAGAUGUCACCUCUCUAGACUGGAAUAGCGACGGGACGCUCCUAGCGACAGGCUCGUAUGACGGUUUUGCCAGGAUAUGGACGAAGGACGGAAAUCUGGCGAGCACCUUGGGACAGCACAAGGGUCCCAUAUUUGCACUCAAGUGGAACAAGAAGGGGAACUCCAUUCUCAGUGCUGGCGUAGAUAAGACGACAAUCAUUUGGGACGCGCACACAGGAGAAGCCAAACAGCAGUUCCCCUUCCACUCAGCUCCAGCUCUAGACGUGGACUGGCAGAACAACACCACCUUUGCCUCGUGCAGCACGGACAUGUGCAUCCACGUGUGUCGCCUCGGCAGCGAUCGACCACUCAAGACCUUCCAGGGUCACACUAACGAGGUUAACGCCAUUAAGUGGGAUCCAUCGGGAAUGCUGCUCGCCUCCUGCUCAGACGACAUGACCUUAAAGAUCUGGAGUAUGAAACAGGAAACGUGCGUCCACGAUCUGCAGGCUCACAGUAAAGAGAUUUACACCAUCAAGUGGAGUCCGACCGGGCCCGGCACGAGCAAUCCUAACUCCAACAUCAUGCUGGCCAGCGCGUCGUUUGAUUCGACGGUGCGGCUCUGGGACGUCGAGCGAGGCGUCUGCAUCCACACACUAACCAAGCACCAGGAGCCCGUCUACAGCGUGGCCUUCAGCCCGGACGGCAAACACCUCGCCAGCGGCUCCUUUGACAAGUGUGUGCACAUUUGGAACACCACGACCGGGGCUUUGGUGCACAGCUAUAGAGGUACUGGUGGGAUCUUUGAAGUGUGCUGGAAUAGCACCGGGGACAAAGUCGGCGCCAGCGCAUCAGACGGCUCGGUAAGUGCCCAAACAAUUGAAUUAUCAACUUAGAACUGAUACUGGAGAAAGACAACAGUAUCGGCAGUGAAAAUAAAAGACAAUAACGAGUUAACACAAAGUCUCAAGAUGCAGAAGGUCUCCCAACACAAGUCUAUCCCCGUGUAGGUAUGUGUCCUCGACCUUCGGAAAUAGCGGAAUUGGCCGGCGAAUCGUUGGAAUGUGCAGCAGACUGCCUUCUUUAGACAUCAGCAAAUGCUCUCUGUGCUCCUGGAGGGGGGGCGUGACACGUAGGUGGAGUUAAAUACAACAACAACAACAAAAAAAACUCACAGGAGCAACUACAAGGACAAAAAAAACGGACAAAGAAGGAGCGACUCACCACCAUGCAGGGGUGAAGCCGUCAGACAUGGAGCGUGUUGACGAUGAGUCCAAUUGGAGGCCGACGAAGACAACAUUGGAGCUACCCCCGAGUUUUUAUGAGGUGUCUCGUGAGGAAGCGCUACCAUCCGCCACUCCUCCCUCCCGCCCGCAGCGGUGCUCUGCAGCCCGGCCGCUUGGCAGGAAGGGUGACGUAAUCGAAACGCAUGCCAAAACGCCACCCAUUGAUGGGAAGAAGGCUUGCAGAAUUCCUUCCCGCAACUCAGCGGUGACACAAUGAGGGUCAGCGACCAUAGCGAAGCCUCACUUCCGAAGGAGGACGGCUCGUCCGAAGACCCCCGUCGCCCCCCCCUACGUCCUUCUCUCCACAGAUAGACUUGAAAGUGCGAAAUGGUGGAGCGUGCAGUUUCUGGACACCAGUCCGCCCAAAAAUACAAACCUCCCAAACCGGCCCAAUUUGCUCAGUAAUUGGAAACAACAUGGACAAAAAAAUGAGUGAAAAAGUGUGGUUUACAAAGAGAAUUUUUCCCUUUUUUGGAUGUACAUGUAAAGAAUGUAAAGAUAUGUAAAUUAGAUUAAUACACAGACUUAUAUACUGUGUAUAUAUGUUUAUAUACAGUCCACCUUAUUGACGUCACGUUAGGGGCUCACUAAUGGCUAGAGCGGUCUUUGCUGACGGGCCGCAACGAGGCCGCUUUUUAAUUCAAAACGUCUUUUUCCAGUGAAGGCACAAACGGCAAAAUUUACGAAAUCAUCAUGGUCGUCGUCGUCUUCAUGUUCGGUUGCGUGUUCACAUAGCGUGUUGAAUGGGCUGUACAAGGCCACACCUACCAAACUAGAAAACAGUUAUGGCGGGUUAGCCUUUUCACAUUUUUGGUUUUUUGGACACUAUUUCCCCCCCAAAUCUGAAUCCAAUCCAAAAUGUUAAAUUUGUUUUUUACCGGUUUGAGCAUAAAAAAAAAACAUUUCCAACUAGUUCCACUCUGCCCCUUUGUUCCUCUUCCAUUCCUUUGCUGUCAAGUUGCGCUCAAUGUGAAGUGCACUUUUUUUUUUCCUUUCCUGACAAUGGCUUUCGCAAUUUUUGGUUAUAAGUGAAAGGCAGACAGUUUCUUUUAUCUCGCCCUUUCAUACUUUUUUUUUUCUGUCAGGUGUCACAAUAGGAUGUCAACGGGUGGUCCAUCGUUUUUCUGACUUUUUCAGAGCCAUUAUUGUCUGUGUCAGACUGGGAAAUUGGGCUGUGGGUUUGGUGGCCAAUGUGGAUGAAAGGCUGUGACAGCUACUAUUACUAUGUCUCUGGCGCACCCUGGUCCAGGGUGUGGUCACCCGUUUCAAGACAAAACAUUCAAGUCGUUCAGUGUCUCAAAUAAAUCACUCUAUUUUGAUAUCAGAA